CUAAACGAUUUGUAGCACAUGAGUCUGUGUUUGUCAGAUGUGCUCAGUGGCUAGAAAACAGUAUCGAAUGUUCGCUACCUGACUUAGACGAGGAUGAUCUUGAACUACUUGAAUUUUUCCCUGAAUCCUUUUUAUAGCUCAAUCGUCAGAUAUAUGUAGCAUGUUUCUUUCUUAUAAGUUUUCUUUUUCUUUUUUAUAUUGUGUAUUCUAUUUUUAAAAUCAACUAAUUAAUUUAUAGAAAUUUCCAUGUUACUUUAUUGUAUUUUGUCUUAACAGGCCCACAAAGGGUAGUAAUAAAGCAUAUAUAUAUAUAUAUAAUAUGAUUUUCUGAUCUAUUAAACUAACUCAUCCACCGAUUGUUUGUUUACAAAGCGUUUUAAUUUCUCCUUGGUUGACCAUUAACAGGUUGAAAGAGAAACAACUGAACGAAUUUCCAGUGCAUCCAUCAUUUACAAUUUGUUUGACUUUCUAUCCUCAGAUUUUGUCAAGGAUUCAACUACAGGGCACUACUAUGUUUUCAAACCUUGCUCCUAACAGUAUGUGAAACAGUUAGUUUGAAUUUGACCAUAGCAGGCAAUACCUUAACUUGAUAUUACGUAAGGAAUACUUUCUCUCUUCCUCAAGUAUCCUUGACAUAAGUAUGUGCGUUCAUGACACAUACAUUCUUUGACGAUAGCUAUUCUUCUCUCUUUUCUUCAUUGUAUGUAUAGUUCGGCUACUUCCUAAAUGCGGCCGAAAUUUAAGCCAAUUAGUAUAAAAGUAGACGCAAUUUGGAACGAGUAAAUUUGUAUGAUUCUGCAUUUCCAAAUUGCGGCCACUUUUUAAUUAGUUUCAACAAUCGUAAUUUAAAAUAUAGAUAUAUAAAUUAGUCGCUUUUUAGAAAAAAUAGAAGUAGAAACAUAUAUAAGAAGAAUUGAUGACUAUAUAUUUAUGUAUUAUAUACAAAACAGCUAUAUCAAUAAAGAAUUUAAUCUUUGUCACUACUACCUCCGGCAUCUUUUAUAACAUCUAUAUACCGAUGAGAAAGAGCUCUUGAAACUUUUUGAUACCUAUCAAAUACCCAAGAUUUACGACGAAGAAGUAAAGAAGUUUGUGAGUAUUUGUUUCUGCUCUUUAAUGGUGUAGUUGUAGCUUGACCAGUACGUGAUUGCUUCUGUCCUUUUUAGCGUCGUGAAAAUGGUACAGCUCCUACGGUGCCAGUUUUCGAUGCAUGGAAAUCAACUUUAUAUACUAUUCGUAAUACAAUAUUAUCUCCAAUACCGACAUCACUAUCAUCUAUUGUAAUUCCACAAGAUAUUUAUAGCAUUUGGAUCAGAAUCAGCAAUAAAACUUUAAGUGAAAAUCAUCACUGGAAUGCUGAUGGGACAUUUCGUACAUCGCCAGCAUUAUUUAGCCAAGCAUAUUACAUACAUGUAUGGGAUGAAUAUAGUAUGAAACCAACAGUAUAUGCAUGUUGUGAAGAUAAGUCUCAAAACGGUUAUACUUGUUUACUUCGGUCAUUAGUUAGCUACGCAGCACAAAAAAAUAUUGUUUUAAGUCCACCAUCGAUAUCAAUAGAUUUUGAAAAAGCUGCAAUUAAUGAUGUAUUUCCACAAACAUUAGUUAAGGGUUGUCAUUUUCACUACGCUCAGAAUGUAUGGGAAAAAGUUAAAAAAUAUGGUUUGGUAAAAUUAGCAAAACAAGAAAAUAUUCGUCGUCAGAUAGCUAAUAUUAUAAGUUUACCAUUAGUACCAAAAGACCAAAUUAAUCAUUGUAUGGAAGUAAUAAUUGAUGAACUAUGUAAUGCUGAUUCAAAAUUUGAUAAAUUAACAGAUUACAUUUUAAAUAAUUAUACUGAAGAUGCUCGUUUUUCAUUUGAUAUGCGGAAUCAUUUUGAUUCAACUGGUGAACGGCCGCGUACAAAUACUGACUUAGAAGGUUAUCAUAAACAACUAAAUGCACGCGUGCGAACGAACCCGGAUCUCUAG